UGUCCAGCUUCUCGGCUACCAGGACCCUCAAGUCCUUCUCCACAGGGCUGCUCUCAAGGGGUUCUUUGCCCAGUCCGUAUAAACACCUGGGAUUACCCUGGCCCAAGAGCAACACCCUGCACUUGUCCUUGUUGAACCUCACUAGAUUCACACGGGCCCACUUCUCCAGCCUGUCCAGGUCCCUCUGGAUGGCUUCCCUUCCCUCCAACGUAUCGACUGCACCGCUCAGCUUGCUGUCACCCACAGAUUUGCUGAGGGUGCACUCGAUGCCAUCGAGUUUAUUUAUUAUGCGCCGUUUAUUUAAAAAAAAAUGUAUUAAAGAGUGAAUUACUAUAGUAACUGUAUUUUUAUUUAAGAGACUGUUGGCUAUCUUGCUCCACUGUGCAGAUACAGAAGCAGUGCCAAACAGUGAUACAGCUGUUGCAGUAAAAUGAAAGGUCACUCUGCAGGUGAUCUCCAGACAUACCUUCAAAACUGAGCCACUCUGUAUAUCCGAUGAAUAUAUUCUUAGUUUAUAAUAAUGCCUUUCUUGUGGCAAUAUUAAUGCUUGGUAGGAAACUAACCACAUACACCGUCAAACCUUACACAGCCAAACUCUUUCAGUCAGUUUCCUAUCACUCAUCUCUGUAUCAAUGCUGUAUCCUUCUGUUUGUUAUUUUCAUUUGUUUACUAGCAGACAAAAUGUGUUUGAUUGUUAUGAAUUACUGAAUUUAAAAUGAGAUGAAAAGAGUGUCCAAUGUGAAUAAAAUAGAAAAAAUAGCAUAGCUCCAUAAAUAUCGAAGAUCUAAAAAUAGAAAUAAAAAAUUUUAUCUCGGUAAGAAAUCAAUAAAAAGAAAAUAAAAAAAAAAUAUGAUAGCACCAGACGAUGUAAAGCAAUUCAAGGAAAUUCUAAGAUCGUUACAUCACAGAGUAAUAGAAUAUUGUUGCCGGCAGGUCGAAGGAGGCAAACCUUCCUGCCCGCUCCAUGGCCAGCAGCAGGCACCUCACUGCACUGCCUGCAACAGCCGCCAUCUUGCUUGGGUGCCGAGGGCCCACGCCCUCACCCCUCUGUGUGGUAGUGACUACCUCACAGAGCGUGUCGCAAAGCGGCCAUUGUGACAUAAGCAGCCAGGAGCAGGUUAGGCCAGGCCAAGCUCAGACCGUGGGUCAGUGCGACCUGGUGAGGUGAGGAGAGAGGGCAGGGAGCCAGGGGCUGCCUGGGGCUGCUCAGUGAGGAGGGGUCCCCACGCCCUGGGGGCCUGAGCUGCUAACUCAACUCUCGUCCUGCUUCUCCCUCAGAGUCGGCAGAGGAGAGUGUGCAGGAGAAAGCCCAGCGCUGACUGGGCAGGGACUCCAAGCGCUCAGCGUCGACGUGUACCAUGUCCAAAAGGAAGGAGAAGACCUCCCACUCGGAGGAGCAAGUAUGCAUGCUGUGUCGCCGAGCAGACGUUCACCCGGACAUCUGCGGGCCCACCCUCAGCGAGAGCGGGCUUUGCGUCCACAAGUUUUGCUUGUUUUUUGCCAACGGCCUGUAUGAACACACUGCCCUCCAGAGGGCAGUUCUCAAGUUCCCCCUUGAUGCCAUCAGAUGCACAAUCGAGGAGGCAGAGCAGAAGCACUGCUUCGUUUGUGGAGAGAAGGGGGCCUCCAUCUGCUGCGCAGAGACAGGCUGUGAGCGUAGCUUUCAUCUGCCCUGUGCCACGGAUGGCGAAUGCGUCACGCACUUCUUUGGGAGGCACAGGUCCUUCUGCUGUGAGCACCGCCCUCAGCAGAUAGUGGAGGCAGAUCCAGAGCCUGACACAGCCUGCAUCAUCUGCCUGGAGCCCGUGGGGGACAAAAAGUCCUACCACACCAUGGUGUGCCCAGUGUGCAUACAGGCCUGGUUCCACCGGAGCUGCAUCCAGGGACAGGCCAUGAGCGCUGGCAUUCUGCGCUUCCAAUGUCCCGUCUGCAGAGAUAGGAUGCAGUUCCGGACGCAAAUGCACAUCCUCGGGAUCCAAAUCCCAGCCAGAAGACCAACAUGGGAGGACAAGGAGUCCUAUGAAAAGCUGUACGAGAUGCACGGGCUCUGUGAUGUCAGCGAGUGCCUGUACACAGAAGGCAGGGAGCAAGCAGAGGAAGAGGGGCCCUGGGAGCUGCUCGUUUGCACCUCUUGUGCUGUGCAAGGCACCCACCGGCACUGCUCCUCCUUGAGCGAGAGCAUAACAAGCUGGGAGUGUGACAUCUGUGCUGGCGUGGGCACAGGUAAGAGGCAAACAGCCGUGUACUGCUGGCUUGGGGCCAGGCAAGGCCUGGCAGCGGGUCCUCAGAGCGGCUUUGCCAGAGUUCCUCUGCCCCUGGACGGAUGGGAACCUCGCCCACCAUGGGGCUGCCGGGUCAUCCGGCUGACCUUCCUGCCUCUCCUUACAGCCUCCAGUGACGAGCCGCAGCUUGCUGGUCCCAGCACUGCCAGCCAGGAGGCAGAGGGGCCAUCUCCUAGCUCCCCAGAACCUGGCAACCACAGAUCCGACUCCACCAGCAAGGCAGCAUCGGAGUCACCCUGUGGUUCUCAGCUGCCUAAGCGCAGCAGCCUGUCCAGCCAGCCCAGGACAGGACAGAGCAAGAGCCGCGGACAUACAUCUAAGCAGCACCAAGGACACCAAGGGAGCAGCCCUACACCAGCUCCAGGUGCUGAGAGCAGCCCCCGCGGAUCCACCAGCAAGCGGGAAGUGGGGUCCUCCAGAAAUUGCCCAGCGGCUGAACGCAGAAGGCAAUCUGGGCAGCAGGGCACAGGCCGGACAAGAAGCCGCUCUCCGCUGAAGGAUCGUGCCUCCAAUUCCCCGAGCCAGCUCAGAAGAAAUCCUGGCAGCAGACGUAGUGCAGCCUCAGCUACUGUGAGCGGCAGACGUACUGCGGCCUCAGCUACUGUCAGCGGCAGACGUACUCCAGCCCCAGGUGCUGAGAGCAGCACGCACACCUCUGGCAGCCGGAGGGCAUCCAGGAAUUCCCCAGGGGCUGGAAGCAUAAGAUGCCACAAAGAGCAAGGCACAAGCCGGAGACAGAGCCAAUCCUCCCUCCAAGGUCCGGCAUCAAAUUCCUCGAGCCAGCCCCGAGGACGCCGUGGCAGCAGGCUUAGUGCUGAGAGCGGCUCCCAGAGCUCUGGCAGACAGGUGACAUCCAGGUCCUCCAGGGAUUCCGCGCUGCCUGAACACAGAAGGCAUUCCCAGAACCAGGAACGAAGCCGUUCCCCGCGGGAUCGUCGGGCUUCCAAUUCCCCAAGACAGUCUGGAGGAAGCCAGAGCCGCAGUCCCAGGCAGCGGCGGCCAUCUCAGGCACGACGCCACUCCCAGAACCAGCCCUGAAGACACCGCAGGAGCAGCCAUGUACCACAGCCACGUGACGGCUCCUGUCCCCAGCAGCCAACCCAAUAGACUUGUCACGGACUUCUCUCUAGAUCCGCGUCCGUGACAGGGGGCAGCAGGCCUGGGAAAAAAGACAAAAAAUACAGAGAGACAGAGGGAAGAAAGAAAAGUGUUAACGGAUUACGGGCCGGUCCGGCGCAGCCCCGUGACU